AUGCGCCAGCCAGGCCCGCUCACGACUCGCGCGUUUGCCACCCUGCCCUCCUCCUCCGCGCUCGCCGAGGCUGGCGGCGCGGGUGGCUCGUCGCUGCUGCAGAGCCUCGUCGCUCAGGAGCAGUCGCUGCAGUCGCUCUUCCGCGGCGAGUGGCCCACCGCAGAGCCACCCGAGUUCGUUCUCUCGCGGCCGGCGUUGCGUCCGUCGGCGUGCGACGUGGAUGUCGACGUCGCCGUUUGCGGCGGCACGCUCGGCAUUCUCGUCGGCUGUGCGCUGCAGCUGCGAGGGCACCGAGUCGCGGUGGUCGAGGCCGGGCCGCUGCGAGGGCGGGCUCAGGACUGGAACACCUCGCAGGAGGAGCUUCGCCGGUUGGUAUCCGCUGGCUUGCUCACCGAGGAGGAGCUGCAUCGCGUGGCUCCGCUGCGCUUUGGCCCGAUGAGAUGCAAGUUUGGCGCGACGCCGGCGUCAGAGCUGCAGCUGCGAGGCGUUCUCGAUGUCGCCGUCUCGCCGACGGCCCUCCUCGAGGCCGUGUCUGCUCGCUUCAAGGCGGCCGGCGGGCUCGUGCUCGAGAAUUCGCCGGUGCGCGAGGUGCGCAUCCACCCGGACGGCGCCGCGCUCGCCCUCGGCCAAGGCGGGGCGGGCCAAGGCAGGACGCUGCACAGCCGGCUCGUCGUCGACGCGAUGGGCCACCGGAGCCCGCUCGCGCUGCAGGCGAGGCGAGGCCAGCGGCCCGACGGCGUGUGCGUGCAGGUGGGGAGCUGCGCUCGCGGCGCGUGGGCGCGGCAGUGGCGCGGCAGAGGCGAUUUCUUCGUCACCGAGGACGACGCGCAGUAUUGCGGGCCGCGGCGGUGUGCGAGGGCGCAGCUCUUUUGGCAGUCCUUCCCUUCUUCGGGCGGCGAGGAGGAGCGCUCCACCUACCUCUUCACCUACCUGAGGCCCGGAUGCCGAGAGGUGUCGUGGAGCCUCUUAGGGCUCCUCGAGCUGAUGGAGGAGUACUGGUCCCGCCUGCCAGCCUACCAGCGCUGCGGCGAGGCGGACGAGGUUGCGUUGCGCCGCAUCCUCUUUGGCUGGUUCCCGACCUACCGCUCCAACUCGCCCCUCAAACCCGCUUUCGACCGCGUCCUCUCUGUCGGCGACGCGUCCGCCGUGCAGAGCCCAAUCUCCUUUGGCGGCUUCUGCGCGAUGCUACGCCACUUGCCCCGCUACUCGCGCGGCAUCGACGCGGCACUGCGGCAGGAGACCCCUCGCCCGCGCCAGCCUCUCGGCCGACCUCGGCCGAUCUCGUCCCGUCGAUAUCCUCUCAGCUCGGCGGAUCGCCGCGUCAGGACCGCCUCUCCCGCGCCGAGCUCGCCUGGCUCGCGCCCUACCUCCCCAACCUGGGCACGGCAUGGAUGUCGGCGGCGGCGAUGA